AAGCUCGAUUAUGACUUACCGCCACGUCGUGACAAACGUCAGCCACCAGCCAACUCAUCUGAACGGCAACGCCAACCACCCGCCGGCACGUCCGAACGACCUCCAGCAGUCCCUCCGACAGACUAUGUUGAAGCAGAUUCGUCGUCAUCAGUCACAAUGCAACAACCUUUCUUCUUCCAACCUCCUCCGAUGAAGUCGAAACGAACUUUGUCGAACCCGAACAUUGGCUCGGCAAAUGAUCCUGUUUAUCCAGUGUUGAACCCAGUAUAUCCAGCCGGUGAACCAUUCUACCCAGGACCUUCGCGUGGAAAUCCAGGACCUGGGCAUCCGCUAGCAGAUGAUCUGCUAUCUUCGCGUCAACAGCCUCCGUUUUACGAUGGAGAGGGAGCUAGCGUAGGAGAAGUGUCAUCAUCCACUAAUUUCAUGCCUUUCCCUGAUGACCGAAGAUUGUCCGACAUUAUUCCGGGAUUUUCUCCAAGUAUUCCUCCUCCUUUAAGAGUAGACUCUCCCGUACAAGGUCAUCUACCCCAGGAUUUUGGAACAGGCGGUAUGCCGUUCGCCGACUUUUCUCGUCCUGUAUUUGAAGGAGGUGGUAAGUUAUCAAGGCUAGAGCAAUUUUGUUUGAAAUUUACUUAA